AUGAUAUAUAUUAUUUUUCAGAAGAACAACUGUCCAAUAAGCAACACUGCUGUUUCAAAAUCUCAAUACGAGGCACCUAAACAGUUGCUUCAACUUCGUUCUCAAGUUAAACCAUUGAUUCCGAACAAUCGUCCAUCAGCUUCAUCAAAUAAUUUGAGCGUUGGAGUCUCACAGACGAAUAACAAGCAUAUUCAGACGACACACCUGACUUACAUCGAAAAGGACAAGAGAGUCCGCCCAAUGAUACCACAACAGCAGGUUUAUCAUGCUUUCGAUCGCCCAUCCCACCACCACCAUUCUCGCAAGGUGACAGUUGCUGGAGCUCCGCUGAUGAGAACGCCAUCUUCUGGCUUCUCCUCUGCUUCAUCUUCUGAGAACAUGCUCGCUGGAUUAUCCAUAUCGGACAACGACAGCAAAAUCCACGAUAUCAUGGACCCAUCAGUUGAUGUCGAUUUGGACAUGUUCCUUCUUCCUGAAUCUCGGUACAAGCAACCAGCUCAACCCUCCACGAGCACUUCACGUGCUAAUUUGAGCCAGAUCAGUGGUCCGAGCCAACAUGGAGGAUCAAUGAGACAGCUCGCAGCACCACAAACCAAGAGUACUUUGCCGUCAUCAUUCGCUGAUUAUUCGUUUGUCAAGAGAUCGAAUGGAUACAUCGACUACAUGCCGACAACCUACGCCACUAACACAGUGUCUCAGCCACUGCAACCAUCGGUCACAAUGUCUCCAGCCGACCGUGUUCGCUGUCAGUUUUGCUGGGAAUCUUACGUGAAACUGUGCCACCAGGUUUCCAGUCUGGAUCCAGUUAUCUCUUGUGAUGGGCCAUGGCACUGGCACUCACUCUACGAUUCUCAAGGAAGAGUCACCUGCCCACGCUUGUGGUUCACUCAACUCGACCGAGCAGGAUCAGACAUGCUGCAGCAAAUGUCCAAUGUGCGAAAAGGCCCAUUCUUUUAA